ACACGACCGAAACAAAAGGCCAACGGGAACUGUCAAAUAGAAUUUCUGAAAAUCAUUUUCUUCUUCUUCUUCUUGGCGGAAAGGCUAAAAACUUCAAGUCACAGGCAACCACGUCCAUGAGCUACGGGAACGGAUAUUCUAGCCGCAACGACAGCACCACCAACAACAACAUCAAAAACAGGCAACACAGCGCCUUCUUUCGCUGAACGAAAAUCGUGCUUCGUCACACAGGCAUUCGACGGGUAAGCGAACGCGGUUGGACGUGUUUUCACACAAACACAUACACACAGCGCGUAAAGGUUACGGGGCAUCACGGGGAGUUUUCUGUAAGCCGUACGCAACGUUUGCCAAAAAUGAAAAUCACACUGAAAACACUGAAGCAGCAGACGUUCUUCGUCGAGGUGGACGUCGAAAAGGACACAGUGCGAACGCUGAAGGAGAAGCUGUACACGGAGAGCGAGCUGGCGUAUCCGGUCGACCGGCAGCGGUUGAUCUAUCUGGGCAAAAUCAUGGAGGACGACCAUCUGCUCAGCCAGUACAAACUCGACGACAAGAAGUUUAUUGUGGUGAUGAGCAAAAAGCCCGCACCGGCCGCAGACGACAAGGGUGAGGCGGCCGAUGCGAAGAAGCAGGAAACAGCACCGAAGCAGGACACAAAGGUGGAGGGAGGUGCGGGCGACAGUGCCGAUCCGUCGUCGUCCAGCAGUACGAACAAACCGUCCACGUCCACACCAUCACAAUCUGCCCAAUCAACCGGCGACGAUCAAAAGACAACCGGCGCGAAGAAGGACACCAACACCACCAGCAGCAGCAGCACAACCGAGAGCAACAAGCCUAGCACCAAUCCAUCAACCGAUGCCGUACCGGAGGAGAUGCAGAUCAACAUUCAGAGGCUAAAAGAGAUGGGCUACUCGGAACAGAGCGCCAGAAUUGCGCUGGAAAUUUGCGCCAACAUUCCGGACCGUGCCGUCGAGUACUUGCUGUCGGAGAUGGGCGGUGGUAGCGAUGUGUCGUUCGCGUUGGCCGCUGCCCAACAGCAGGCACACCAGCAACAGCAGCAGCAGCAGCAGCUCGGCGGCGGCGGCGGCGGUGUUCCGGCAGCCGGUGCGGUCCAGGUCGGUGGUGGUGGUGGGGGGUCCGAUGCGAAUCCGCUCGACUUUCUGCGCAACAAUCCCGUGUUCGAGGACAUGAAGCGCAUCCUGCGCGACGAUCCGACGAUGCUGCCGUACCUGAUGCGCCGCAUGCAGCAAAGCAAUCCCGACCUGCUCAGCAUCGUGGCCGAGCAUCAGGAAGAGUUUCUGGCGAUGAUUAACGAAGGUACCGCCCAGGGUCCGACCAUGUCCCGCGAGCUGGAGGACAUUGCGUCCGCGAUGAUCAACAGCCUGACGCCGUCCGAUAUGGACGCGAUCGAGCGGCUGAAGGCGCUCGGCUACCCGGAGCAUCUCGUCAUCCAGGCGUACAUUGCGUGCGAACGCGACGAGUACGAUGCGGCCAUGUUUCUCGUCACACAAACGCUCGACGAUGAAGAGUAGAUGCGACCGCUAGGACCCCGCCAAACACAGCAGCAGCACGCACCAGUUUCUCCCUUCCCGUAUCACCUUUUGCGGUCGGUCUGAGCCAAGCGAACCGAAGGACACGCAGAAAGGCGCAUGCAGCUAGUGGUUUAGGUUCCCAUCAUCUUUCCCCCCCCCCCCCCCCCCCCCUUUUGGCCAACACAGCUGUGCCCGAAGAGUACGUAAUUUAAAUUCACAAAUAAGAGGGCACGCGUCUGUGAGCUUGCUGCUGCUGCUGCUUGCUGUGGUGGAAGAUGUUUACAUUUACAAACACUUUUUUUUUUGUCUGUAAUACAAACUAAAUUUUCAGUCGCAUCAUCGUACGCGACAUCAUCGGUUUGCGAAUGUAUUGUUUGAGCUAGGACAGCAAGACCAAACAAACAAACAAAAAAAUCAGGAACCAUCCAACAACACCCCCCGACCUGAAUAGACCGACACACACACACACAGCAUGAAACAGGAAGCUACUAGAUCGAACCGUCGCACCCGGAGGGUUGGGGGUCCUCCGUGCUGAAGAAUUGGGUGUAGAAAGAUAAUUUAAAAAAAAAAACUGAACUGAAAGCAUGUUAAAGCACGACGCGGCACAGAUGGGUGAACGCGCGCGAUCGGCGGUAAAAGGAUGGAUACUCUCUCCCCCUAUUGCUAUUGUUUGUACUGUACACCAAGUUGAACCAAAUCUCUCUUGUAAUGCAUCAACUACAAGCAAAUACAGCGUUUAUGUUAAUAAAACCGAUUUUCUGGAUCAUCGAA